AUGUCGGCAGCACAAAUCCAGGAGCUUUUCAAGAGGUUUGACAAGGACGGCAAUGGAAGGAUAUCGGCGUCUGAACUGCAGAAUGUUCUGACCUGGAUCAACAAAGACAUUACUGUUGCUGAAAUCGGACAAAUCCUGCGUGAAGUCGACACCAACAAUGACGGUGCCAUCGAUUACAACGAAUUUGUUGCGUGGACGCAGGGCGGGAGGAAGACGUUGGCCAAAAAGAAGCAAGCGUCCCUGGUGCCGGACCUCCAAGCCGCACUGGAAAGAAGCCAGUCAGAAGCUGCGGCUGUGGCCUCGAUUCCUUUUGAUGCCGUCAUGGCAGUCACCUACACAGGUGAGAUCAAACAGUUUGACAAGAGUGGCGGCACGCUGGAGGCCAUGGGAGUCAGGACGCCACACAACCAGAGGUAUACGAACGUUGAAGAUGAUAUCAAGCAUUUGGAGAAAGUGAAGGAUCCUCACAAGCUCAACCUCAACUGCUUCGCAGUUGAUUGGACCUCAAGGAACGUGGUGACUGCAUCUGCUGACCACACGCUGAAGAUGUGGAACUUCUAUGGCAACGUACUCCGAACGUACGCAGGACACCCAUCAGAGGUGCUGUGUGUUGAAGUUGAUUGGAAGAACCAUCGAAUGAUCAGUGGAAGCUUAGCUUCCGACCUGAAGAUGUGGAGACUGGACAGCUCGACCCCGCUGCGCUCCUUCACAGGAUCAGGGUCCGGCGGCAUCAACUGUCUCUGUGUCAACUGGCGGAUGCAUCGAGCCCUCUGCGGUUGCGGCAAGGUGAUCGAAUUGUGGGACAUAUCUUCGAAAUCCAACAGCGAUGAGACAACCUCAGGGCGGCUGCAUGUGUUUCAAGCCCACACGUCUACGGUGACGUCGCUUCAAGUGGACUGGGCUGAGCAGAUCAUGAUCUCAGCAUCCUCAGACAAGACCCUGCGCAGAUGGGAUUUGAGAGAUGCGGUACUCCGGGAGACCUUCCCCGUUGGAGAUGCUCAGAUCAGGUGCCUCGCGAGCCCCUCCACACCAGCCGCAUCUGUCAUAGCGGGAGAUGAGAAGGGCCAGAUCCAUAUCUGGGACACCCAGUCUGGGACCGUUCGGAAGCGAAUGUCUGGACACAAGGACGGCGUUCUUUGCAUCUCUCAAGUCCAUGCAGGUUUCAUGGUGAGCGGAGGGCGAGAUGGAAAGCUGUGCUACUGGCGACUGGAAGACGGUGUUUGCCUGCGGUCUGUGGAGGUUUCAGAGGUGAGUGCAGGCAUGCUGGGUCACCAGAUUUUGAGAAUUGUUGCCUUGACUGUCCAGGUCUUGAGGUAA